CUGGCAUCAUUUGUCGAUUAUAUGUCGCCGAAAAGAUGACGCUUGACAGUUUGGAUAACUACUACGUGUGCUAGAUGAACAGAAUGCAUCCGUAACAUUUCCUAAAGAAAUUAAUUUUAAAAUGUCGCUCCACGAAGUAUUGUAGCCUAUAGGCUAAUUCUCACACUGAUCCUACGUGUGGAGAACAUCUGCUUCUGGACGCUCUCCGCCAGUCGUUUCACGCACACAUACUGCGAUGAAUGUCAAAGGGAUGUGACUAAUAUUUAAUGAGCGCCCUACCUAGACAGCAUUCUUAUACGUGAGCAACAUUUCUGGCCGUUUGAGAGAAUCUAUGAAUCGACACGCGUCUUCGAUGGCCAAACCCGCUGUUCACUAGGUAGUCCGCUUACUAGGUUUUGAGACACUCGUGCUUUUCAAAGCGCCGUGAGCUGCUCCGCUCUGCUCAGUCUGACAGCCACAUCUCAUCGAUCAAGAACUGAUCAAUACUAAAAGUGAUCUAACUAUCGGAAACUAACUGGAGACAUUGUCCAGCAUGGAUCAAUCUGCGGACGGAAAUACAGAAAGCAAACCGAAUGCUGCGAAACCGCGUUAUCAGCGUUAUUUAGUGUCUUUUCCAACCAUAGCGUGUUUACUGUUCUCGCUGAGUUCAGUAGCGGUGUGUUUUCUCAUGACUUUCAAAACGCAUCGGCUGGAGAGCAGGCUGCGCGAGCUGGAGAUGAAGAUGACGGACAUCUGUCAAGAAGCAUCCAAGGACGUCUCUGUUCCACUGGAACUGCGGGAGUCCAUUGAAGCACUCUUACAAGAGAGGCUGAAUGAAGCGAUGCCGAAGUUGCGUGUGGUGAGAGACGUGACACAAGACUGCAACUGUCCUCCAGGUCCUCCUGGGAAACGUGGACGGAUGGGCAGAAGAGGAGACCCUGGACCCCCAGGCAAACCUGGGCGAGACGGUUACCCGGGUCCACUUGGUCUGGAUGGCAAACCUGGUAACCCUGGACCUAAAGGAAGCCAGGGGUUGCCAGGACCAAAAGGAGAUAAGGGUGAUCAAGGAGACACAGGGCCAAGGAUGGUCUUUCCUCGUUAUGAUCACAGCUACAUCUCGGCCGAUCAGCCCACUUUCCAGAGGCGUAUGCUGAAGGGUGAUCAAGGACAAGCUGGCCCACCUGGACCUCCAGGCCCUCCUGGAGCACCCGGUGCAAGAGGACCCCCAGGAAACACAGGGAAAGAUGGUCCCCGCGGCCCACCUGGAGAACCAGGUGCUCCUGGACGAGAAGGAAUGGAGGGACAAAGAGGUUUACCAGGAAAACCGGGUGAAGUUGGUGAUCAGGGUUACCCAGGAUCACAGGGACCCCCAGGGUCAAAGGGUGAGCAGGGAGAGCCAGGUCCUCAGGGUGAACGAGGAACCGAUGGUCUGCCAGGCUUAAAGGGAGAUAAAGGAGAUGUUGGAGAACAAGGGCCCCAGGGCGAACCGGGCCACCCUGGUGAGAAAGGCACAUCAGCUUCCGGUGACAUCAUUGACUUCAAUGGCAAACUCUUAGAUGCCUUUCAGGCCAUCAAAACCAUCAGUGUCUCGGGACCCCCUGGCCCUCCUGGACCCCCAGGACCACCCGGAAAAGAAGGUUCAAAGGGUGAACUUGGCUUGCCUGGGCCUGCUGGGGUUGAUGGCGAAAAGGGUGAAAGGGGAGACACUGGAGAGCCUGGUGAACCCGGAGAGAGGGGGGAAAAGGGAGAAAUGGGCCUCUCUGGUCCCUCUGGAAUGGAUGGGCAGAAAGGAGAGAAAGGAGACUCUAUACUAGAGGACAAUCUGGUUCAGAUGAUUUCACAGCCUGGACCUCCAGGUCCACCAGGACCACCUGGAUACAUGGGUCAUCAUGGCUUGCCAGGCUCCAAAGGUGAUCCAGGGGAGAGUAUUAAAGGAGAGAAGGGAGAAACUGGUGCUGCAGGAAUACAAGGCCUUCAGGGUCCUCAGGGGCCCCGGGGAUCAACAGGAUUAGUUGGUCUUCCCGGCACAAAGGGUGAAAAGGGAAAACAAGGGGAACCUGGAUUAGAUGGUUUUCCUGGCAUUAAGGGAGACAGGGGUGAUCGUGGAGAGAAAGGAGAGAAGGGAGAUCGCGGUCCUGUUGGAAAGAGAGGGCUAAAGGGAAAGAAAGGCGAGCAGGGGCCGCCGGGUCUGGACCAGCCCUGUCCCGUGGGAGCUGAUGGAUGUAAAAAAGAGGCAGUGGAAAUGGGGCAGCCGGCCCCUGAGGCCCCCUGCCCACUGGUACAGUAUAUCUGCCUGCUUCUCUCUGCUCUGUUUAUACCUGCAGAUUUCUAACACUUCCUGCUUUCACCUUUUAACUACACCUUUUAAACUAU